GAUACGGCUCAGUGACGCUACAGCACACAUCAUAUGAUCUGCCUCUCGCUACGGCUCUGUGCAAUCAGACAGUGACUGACCCACACGUCUCUCUCCACUCCCCGGCACACCUUACCAAACUCGCUCUUAUUCGAGAUCAAAGGAUGUCGGCCCCCUCAGGUAAGCUCACCGGGGGAGACCAAGAGGAGACCGAGGGUGUUCCCAGACGAGCCCCGGCCAUCCCGGUCCAGGACCACGCCUCCAGCACCUCUCCAGACCACCACCACCACCACCACCAUGAUCCGCCCCCGAGGUACUCCACCAUCGGGCCCUCCUGGAGUCUUACUCACCAGGGUGAGGCUCCGCUUGGGAGCAGCGGCACUCUGACCCCCGCCAGUGCCACGCCCAACCCUCCUACUGCUGCUCCUGCUGCUGCUCCUGCUGCUUCUGCUGCUCCUGCUGCUGCUGCUUCUCCUACUGCUACUACUCCUGGCGUACUAGGCACAGCAGUAGGUCAGGCGGAGUCUCUAAGUACUGUUACCCACAGCAGCGCCUUCUCUCCGGGAUGGUGGUCAUGGGUGCCAGGGCCUGCCCAGUUCUUCCCGCCGGGUCUAGAGCAUCUCACAUCAGCCAGCAUCCUCACUCUUAAGAAGAAAGGUCGGACGUACCGUGUGCUGACAGCAGGUGACCGGCAGAUUUACAUCGUCAAGCGCAGGAAGGAUGGCUUCGGGGGACUCAAUAUUAAGAUCUUCAACAAUGCUCACCUCGAGGUCCUCAUCCUCAACAGGACCUCCGAAGCUGAGAGGUGUUGCUCUUCUUCCUCGCACCUGGAGGUGAUGUUUCCACCGGGAAACAUGAUAGGGGUUAUCCAAGGCGUCAAGAGGGAGUUCUCUGUGCACAAUCCAUCGGGAGACUUGCUCUUCCUCUUCGAGUGCGAGGCCUCAGGAUGCUGCAGGAAGGUGGAUUAUCAGGCAGUGACAUCACAGAGAUUCACCAUAGGACGGAUGACACAUCAGAAGUCAUCACGGUGCCUGGGAGGUGCGGAUAUGAUGAUAUCCUUCCCAGCUGAGCUGGAGAUGCGUUCCAAGGCACUUAUCUUGGCAGGUGCCAUCUCCAUUAGAGACUCCAACUGGUAAUCAAGAGACAUAUAUCAAGGAGCUACCUAGACAUGUCUCUCAUGCGCUACAGUCCCAAGUUUGAUCCGAGGAAGGGCAGAAGUGUAGCUCAGAUUCGUAGGAUCAUGAACCCUUCACGAGCAUCAAGGCACCCUCUUAAACUCAUGCUAGAUAGCCAUUCAUGUUUACAUAUAUAUAUAUAUAUAUAUAUUUUUCACAGUGAUGU